CUCUCGCUUGACACCCGAAGCCAAACAAACAUGGCGCCUUCCCGGAACCUCGCAGCAAAAGCGGAAAAUGACGAAGAUGGAGCAAUGGAAUCGUCCGAUAACUCGGACUCAGAGAGUAGCUCCGGCACCAGUAGUUCGAGCAGCAGCCGUGCCAGUAGUCGUGCUGACAGCAGGUCUCCCGUCAGUGCCCCACGGAGUCGAAGUCCCUCGCCCGCUGGGAGCAAUAAGAGUGGGUCAGUAGGUGGGAUACGCAGUCCAGCAGGAAGCAGAGGAAGUGCCUCACCUGCCAGCCCACGAAGCAGAGGCAGCGGGUCACCCCCGCCAAGUCCUCGGAGCAGGAGUGCGUCGCCUCGGAGCAGAGGCAGCCAGUCUCCACAGAGCAGAGGAAGUCGGUCUCCACCGGGAUCCCCGCAGAGCAGAGCCAGUAGGUCCCCCCGCAGUCGAGGGAGUGGAUCCCCGGCCAGCCCACAGAGCAGGGGUAGUGCUCAGCCCCAGGGCAGUCCACGCAGCAGAAGCCGGUCUCCUACCAGUCAGAGGAGCAGGUCAGGGACUCCAAUAAAGAGUAGAUCUGUGACACCUCAUAGCAGGUCAGUCACGCCUCAGAGAAGCAGGUCUGGCACUCCUCAGAGGAGCAGGUCAGUUACUCCCCAGAGGAGCAGGUCAGUUACUCCCCAGAGGAGCAGGUCAGGGACGCCCCAGAGGAGCAGGUCUGGGUCCCGUGCAAGCAGGGCCUCUGUCAGGUCUCCAACACCAGUGGGUUCUAGAAGGGGCAGCCGGUCACCAGCCCAGUCAGGGGGGAGGGGCAGCAGAAGCCCAGCUAGAAGUGUGACCCCAGUUAGGUCGAGGAGCAGGAGCCGCUCCCCAGUGAGGUCCAGGUCGAGCCGCUCCCCAGCCCGGUCCAAGAGCAGGAGCAGAACCCCUAUGUCCAGGGCUGGCAGCAGGUCCUCGAGAAGGUCAAAAAGUGGCAGCCGUUCUCCAGCGAGCAAGGCGGGCAGCGAGAGUGGCAAAAGGAAGUCGGCUUCCAGGUCGAGGUCACGCUCGCCUCGUCUUAGUGACGAAGAGGGGAGGAAAGAUACUGCUGCAAAAGGCUCAGAUGAAGAUAGUGAUGUUGAAAUUGGAAGGAAGAGGAAGCGCGCCCUUAUGAGCGAUGAUGAGUCUGGAGAUGAGGCCAAGAAGAGGAAGUCAGAUGAUGAUGAAGACCUGGGUGCCGAGGACUUGUUUGGAGAUGCAGAUGACAUUAGUGAAGAUGAGGAGGAACGCAAGAAGGACGAAGACAGGCGUUCACGCUCCCGUUCUCGAUCCCGCUCCAGGUCAAGGUCACGCUCAAGAUCGAGGUCCAGGUCACGCUCCAGGACUCCAGGCUCACCAAGGCUUAUUGUACCAGAUGAUGAGGAGAAGGAAGAUGAAGGGCCUCCACCAGAGACGAGAAUUGAGGCCGAGAUCCCCAAAAUCAACACCAACCUCGGGCGUGACAUCCAUUUUGUCAAGCUGCCCAACUUCUUGUCGGUGGAGACCAGGCCUUUCGACCCAGAUCUCUACGAGGAUGAGAUAGACGACGAGGAGACGCUUGAUGAGGAGGGCAGGGCAAGGCUCAAACUCAAGGUGGAGAACACUAUCCGAUGGAGAACGGUCUUUGACAAGGAGGGCAAUGCAGUCAAGGAAAGCAACGCCAAACUUGUCAGGUGGUCAGAUGGCUCCAUGUCCCUUCAUCUCGGAGCUGAGGUCUUCGAUGUGUACAAGCAGCCUUUGCAGGGCGACCACAACCACUUGUUCAUCCGUCAGGGCACCGGUCUGCAGGGCCAGGCUGUGUUCCGUACGAAGCUGACCUUCCGACCGCACUCCACCGAGUCCUUCACUCAUCGUAAGCUCACACUGUCCCUGGCUGACCGGACGCAGAAGACUGUGGGCGUCAAAGUGCUGUCGACUGUAUUCCGUGACCCCGAGAGCAGUCACAUCGAGAGCAUAAGGAGGGAUGAGGACAGACUCAAGGCUUCCAUGAGGAGAGAGAACAAGCAGCGUCGAGUGAGGGAGAAGGCUUCGAGCCGUGGCCUGACAGCAAACUACCUGGAGCCAGAUGCGUACGAGGAUGACGAAGAGGGGGCCAUCUCCCUGGCUGCCAUCAAGAACAAGUUCAAGAACAAGCAGAAUGACCGUGCCCCUAUCUACUCCUCAGAUGAGGAGGAGUCGGACAUCGAAACGGACAAAGCCAAGCGCCUCGAACGUGCCAAGCAUACCAUCAGAGACUCAGACGAGGAGUCGGGCAGUGGAAGCGAAAGUGGCAGCGAGAGUGGAAGUGACAGAGCCCGCAGCAGGCAGAGCACCCGCAAGAGCUCCAGCCGCAGCAGGAGCAGGAGCAGGAGCAGGAGCAAGAGCGGGAGCCGGAGUGGGAGCGGCAGCAGGAGUAGGAGCCGCAGCAGGAGUGGGAGCAGGAGCAAGAGCAGGAGCAAGAGUCGUAGUAAGAGCAGGAGUAAGAGCAGGAGCAAGAGCAGAAGCAGGAGCAAGAGCAAGAGCAGAAGCAGGAGCAGAAGCAGGAGCAGCAGCAGGGGCAGCAGGAGUGGGAGUGAAAGCGCCAGGUCUUCAGGCAAAUCAGGCUCUGGCUCGGAUAGCGAUUAGGAACCGAGUAGAAGGGUUAUUUUCUGCUUAUCAUAGGGUCUUUCCUUAUAACUUAAUUGAACUGAAAAAUACAUUUCUUUUCCAUUUUUUUUAUUAAUUUAUAUUGAUAUCCCUGGGAUAAAAGUAUGAUUUUGAAUAAAAGAUUUGCAUCACAUUUUUUUUUUCUUUAUUAAAAGCUAAAAAUGCUGUAAAUACUAGAUCAGUCAGUGAUAGUAAUUAGUACUUAUUGCUAUUAUACAUAUAUAUAUUUUCUUGUUUAUGAUAUCCCACAACCUUCCCUUGAUGUUAGGAAUACAAUUGUCGAUAUCUUAAAAAUAUUUUUGAUAACGCUCUUGUAGAUAGUUAAUAGCAGUGACGGAGUGAAACAUACGAGUUUGGUCCUUGUCCGAUUGUAAAUUAUAGGUGUUUGUGUUCGCUAGAAUGUGAAAAUAUUUAAUGGAAUUGAUCUAUACUUAUCUAGUUAAAAAAGGCCUGUCCCUCAGGGAUUGGCUGUGUUGUGCACAAUUUCCUAGUUCAGUCAGAAUGAAGCCUGUAUAUAGGAAGUAAUGCAGUACUAUCGUGAUAUUCAUUUUUUUUUUUUUCCUCUACAGUGAAGAACAGUAACAUCUGGUGGUGAGGAAAGUCUCAGUGUCUGUACAUAUUUACUGUAUAUAUGGAAGCACCUUUA